AUGGCCAGUGGUCCUCCUUACAAUGGUUACCAGGUACCGCCUGGCCCUGGAGUGCCUAACCAAGCUCCCCCACCACCAACGCAGCAGUACUCUCAAUCCCCUCACCUUCAACAAUAUUCUUCACCUCCGCCUCAUCAAUAUGUUCCCGGCCAGCAACCGAAUUAUCAAUCGCCUCAUCCGGGCCACGCGCAGCAGGUCUAUCAAACCCCGCAGCCGCCUCCAGCACAAUAUGCGCAGUCACCGCAGGGCGUGCUUCAGCAGUACGCGCCGGUACAACAGCACAACUAUCAGUCCCCUCCGCCAGGCCACUACCAAGUGAACCAACCCGCACAAUCCCCUCAGGCCCAGCAUACUCAAUCCCCGCAAGGUCAAUAUCCUCAGCAGCAGACGCCAGGCCAGCAGCCCAGCUACCAGACGCCGACGUACGGUGUCGCAGCCCCACCAACACCUGCACAGCACCAGCAGCAGUACCAGCAACAGGCAGCUCAAUUCGCGACCCGACCCUCUGCGCAAGCCCAGCUUCAAUCAACCGCUCAAUCUCUUUUCAAGUCUGGAAAGGGUAUUUUAGGAAAUCUCGCUAGCAACAUCAAGUCAAAGUACCCCGCUUCCUCACCUUCCGGUGCUCCCGCAAGUUCUGGGACUUCGUACACUGGUGAAGCACCGAAGCCGACGUACAAUCCCGCCCAGCAUCCUACGCAAACGCCUUUGAGCCCGACAAACUCAUUCCCGCAAGGCUAUGGCCAAACUCAGCCUCAGCAGGCGUAUGCCAAUCAGGCGUCACCGACACCGCAGCAGAGCGUCCCGCCCGCUGCUCCAGGCUACCAUCCGACUCACCAAGCAGCGCAAGCGACAUCCCCAGGUCAGCAACCCAGCGCGCCUGGUCAACCACCUCACCUGAGCUGGCAAGAGCGUUUAGAGGCUGCUCAGCAGCCCAGUCUGGACUUUCAGCAACCGUCGCACACGAAUGUCCACGCAGGUGAACAGGGCACGGUGCCUCAGCCGCUGGUUCAAUCACCACCAGGUGCUUCGCCAUAUCCCCAGCCCGUUUUGCACCAUCAGCAGUCGAACCCGUACCAGCCUGCGCCUGCUCCGCCCUCGCAUCAAUCUGUUUCACAGGGAGCGGGCUCUGCCGCCUCACCUGGGUACAGCCAGAACCCUUCUCAACCGUAUUCACCGCAUCAACAGCAGCAGAGUGCUCCUCCUCAGCUUCAACAACAGGCAUCGUGGCCACAACAGGGUGGCGUGAGUACGUACAACCCGGCACUCUCAUCACCUCCGCCUCCGCCGCAGACAGCUCCCCAGUCUGGUCACCCGGUUGGUUCUCCCAACCAUGGCUCUCCUGCUCUACAGCAACAGCCACAGUAUCACCAGCAAGCGGUCGCGACUAAUUCGCAAGAUACAACAACGACCCAGCAAACUGGUCAAGCAUCGCCGUAUCAGGCUGCUCAAGCUAGCGCUACGCACAGUUCGCACCAUGUCGUCCCGACCCAGCAGCUCUAUCAGAGUCCCCCUCCCCAAGGCUACCCGCAAGAGCAGGCGCCUACUCCUUACAACCCAAUGACCGCUUCAGGGUUGUCGCCGACCGCACAUACGGUGCCUGUGCCGCUGGCUCAGAGUGCACCCGUGAGCCACCCACAAGGCCGUCCUGCAACACAGUCGCCUCAACAGCAACACCAGAACCCACCAGCGCAGCAGCUCGUUAGUCCAACGGUAGCUCCUCGUCACGAUCAGGCACCCUUUCAGGGCGUUUCAGGACCACAGGGGCAGUAUUAUACACCAAACCAGGCGCAAGUCCCUCAGACUGGAGGCGCGCCCGGUGGUGUCCAGCCGAUUGCUCCCUCAGGUCAAGCUCACAGCUACCCGCCUCCACCACCUUUGCAGCAACCGCAGUACGAUGUACACUCUGUCUCUGCCCCGGCACCAAACCAGUUCCAGCCCUACAGUGCACCGGCCGAUCAGCAGGCUCCAUUGGCACAAUACUCGCAGCAUCCUGAAGUCGCAGCUACAGACCCUCCAGCGCCGCAGCAGUAUACGUCGCCUCCUAAUUUACCAGUCCCAGCUGGCUCGAUCAAUCAUGGACAAGUGCCUGCAAAUGCCCCGCCAGCGGUAUCGGGUCAGCAGUUCCAGCCAUACCAACCUGCUCCCAGUAUGCGAGACUCUCAGCCUCCACCAAAUGCGAAUAAUAUACCCAGCCAACCCGCUGCUUAUGCCUACCAACAAGAUCCCGUUGCCUCUCUGUCUGCCCAAAUGAGCAAUCUGAACGUCCUGAACAGUGGCCAUCCUCCAACAGGACUCAAUAAUAACCCGACCGCACGACCGGAUUGGCCUCGGGGACCGCCCCCUUGCCAAGCUACUGGCAUGUCCAGUGACAUUCUCCCAUACUGCCCCGAAAACAGAACCGUAAGCUACUCGCUUGACUGGUAUCGCUUAAUUGCUGUGCCACAGUAUCUUAUUUGCACGAGGUGCUACGCCGACUAUGUCCAGAGCACUCACCUCGCGGGUCACUUCGAGAGGUACCAUUCGCCCGAGGGCACAGAGUCCAAAUGCGGCUUCUGGUCUCCUCGAGCGAGAGAAGUGCUCUGGCCGCAGGCCCUCCAGACCAACGACAUCAGACCUCUAGAGGCAUGGGCGGAGAAGAGCCUGACUCUCAACCCCUGCAAGGGCAGGGUCUGGACGACUGCUACCGAUGAGGUCAAGUGGUGGAGCAUGGUCAAUGACGAGAUAGAUGGGUUCGUUUCGUGCGAUGCCUGCUAUGAGGACCAUGUUGUUGGCACGCCCUUCGAGUCUCGCUUCCAGCCUUAUCGUCAACAAGGACAGGAUGAAAAGUGGAUGUGUGAUCUAUGCAUACCUUACGUCGCCCAAAUAGCAGUUAAGAUGGCAAAGAAAAAUCACUGGAACGGCUUUGUCGAAGCCGCGAAAGCGCGCGUCCAUCUUCCCGUAUGCGAAGGUAGGGAAGAGGAGUCCAACAACGGACAUUGGAUGCUGCCGCGGCGCAGGAUCAAGGACAUGACUGUCUGCGAGGCAUGUUAUCUGGAUAAACUCGCCUUGACGCCUUUCGGCAACGAGUUUGAACGUCACAUCCGUGCAGAAGGCUUUGACGCCUUUGUCGAAUCAAUUGGCCAGAGAUGGAAGUGCAAGCUCACUGACACAGCUGUUAGCAUGAGUAUCGCGCUCGAAGCAGCCAUCUACCGCCGAGACUUUGACGUGUUUUGGAACGCCGCCAAUGCCAUCUCGGGUCUUGUGCCAUGCACUAUCCACGGCAUCGCGCGUGGCAAUUGGUGGACGGUCGCUGGAGGGUGUGACGACUACAAUGUCUGUGAGGCUUGCUAUAAGGGAAUCGUUGAGACGUCUGGCCUUGAGAAGUUCUUCGAGCCUGCCCAGCGCGAUCAGACUGUCGACAUCGUUUGCAGCUUUUGUCCAGGCACUCCCCGAUGGGCCUCGUUCAUCACCAAGUUCGCCGAGGCUAUUGACAAAGGUGUCUUCAGUCACUACUCUGACUACGUCAAGAAAUGGGCUGGGGUGCCGGCAUGUCCAGGGAUCAAAAACAGAGGGAAGAGUAAAUGGUGGGGACACCCAGAAGCUCUGGCCUGCCAGGACUGUUGGUUGAACUUUGUGGCCGAUACUCCCUUGGGAGAUUCCGUUCCCGUCAAGGGCGUUUACGAUGAACGUACCUUGAUCUGUCAGCUAUGGUCUCCAAGAAUGCGCAACAUGUGGCUCGCAGCCUGUGCUGCCGGACCUCCUGGUUCACCCGAGUCACAAAAAGCCCUGGAUGAGUUCAAAGCAUUUGGGUCAAGGCGUGUACAAGUGUACAACGCGACAGUGCCUCACAUCGAGAUGAUACAGCAGAUGCAGAUGAUGAAACAAAUGCAGGCUAUGCAACAGGGACAACUGAGCUUGAUGUACCAGGGUAUGAAUGGCAUGGCAGCUAUUAGUGGUACCACGGAUGGGUAUCUGCAUGGUAAUAGUUCUGUUGGAUACUAUGAGACUGAACAUGGGGUCACGGCGGCGAAUAUGAUGAACAAUAUGCAUGCUGGGAUGGCGGAUGCGAAUAAGACGAGUGAUUGGCAGAUGAUAAUGCAGCUGCAGGCUACUUGGAUGGAGGUUGAGUAG